AUGCCUUUCGAAUCUUUUCAAAAAACAUGUAAAAAUUUACGAAGCUUUUAUGAAAAAGGAAAAUUUUAUGAUGUUCAAAUAAUAAUUGAGAAUCAUCCACCAAACGCUAAAACUUUUUAUGCACACAAGUUUUUUCUUUGUUCUCAGUCACCUUAUUUUGAACGACAAUUAAUUCCUGAUGACGACGAUAUAAAUGAUAAAGAAGAGAAUGUUACAAAUUUAUUAGUGAUUAAAGAUAUAUCCACGGAAGUUUUUGAGGUGUUGUUUCACUCAACUAUUGAAUUUAAUGAUAAAUCCGGUUUGGAACUUUUCGAAAUUUUACUUGGUGCCAAUAAACUUAAAAUCGAAGUUCUCGUUCAUGGAAUACAAUCACAUCUUAUCGAAUAUCAAAAUGAAUAUUUGUGCAAAAAUUUUGCCAUGAUUUAUCAUCCUAAAACUUUGGAUUCAAAUGAUUUUAAAUUCUUAACAUCAAUUCUUAAAAAUUAUAUUCCAUUAAUUAGAUUCAUUCAAUUUUCAUCCGAGCAAUUUAAAUCAAUGGUUAGACCAUAUAAGAAAAUCUUACCUACUGAAUUAUAUGAAGAAUUAAUUGAAUAUUUUUUAACACCGGGAAUUAAAUUGAAUUCUAUUAACACUAUUCCACCACCAAGACAUGGAUUGAUUGAUUCAACUAUUAUAACAUCUAAACAUGCAGCUUUUAUCGCCAGUUGGGUUGAUCGUAAAGACAAACAAAAUAUUUAUUUUUACCCUUAUGAAUGUGAUGAGAAUCCUUAUGAUUUUAAAUUACUUCUUCGAGGCAGUCGUGAUAAUUUUUCUUCAACUGUUUUUCAUGAAAUGUGUGAUAAUAAAACGAAUACUGUUUGGUAA